CCUCGUCCUCCUCGUCCUCGUCCUCGUCCUCGUCCUCCUCCUCCUCGUCCUGCUCCUCGUCCUGCUCCUCGUCCUGCUCCUCGUCCUGCUCCUCGUCCUGCUCCUCCCACUCCUCCUCGUCCUCUCAGCGGAUCGUCAAGGUGCUGAUGUGCGACGGCAGCUUCAAAAUGCUGCUGGUGGACGAGAGGCAGAGCGUGGGCGGGGUGCUGGAUGUCCUGAUGGAGAAGACCCACUGCGACCGCGCCCUGGACUGGAGCCUGUGUGAGAGCAACCCGGAGCUGCAGACCGAGAGGAUCUUCGAGGACCAUGAGCCGUUAGUAGAGAGGUUGAGUUUGUGGGGCCGCAGCAGUAAGAACACCAUCACUUUUGUCUCCAGGCCUGAGAAAUACUCCCUCUUCAAAGACCCCCAGGUUUUCUACAUGUGGAGAAACUGCAGUGAUGCGCUGGGCAACACUAAAGAAAAAGACAAACAGCUUCUACUGAAGGAGAACUUCGAAGGGGACUCUGUGAGGGUCCCCGACCUGGAGGGGGUACUGUACCAGAAGGAGAGCGGCAAGAGGAAGUGGAAUCAGCGCUUCUUCCUGCUCAGGGCCUCUGGCAUCUACUAUAUACCUAAGGGCAAGAACAAGUCAUCGAUCCACCUCAGCUGCCUGGUCAGAUUUGAAAAUGUGAACAUCUACCGGGCCAGCGGCUACAAACAGAGAUACAGAGCCCCCACUGACUUCUGCUUCGUCCUGAAGCACCCCCACCUCCAGCAGGAGUCAGAGUACACCAAGGUGCUGUGUUGUGAGGACAAACACACCCUCUCCCUCUGGGUCAGCUCAGUCAGAGUGGCCAAGUAUGGAGCCGCCCUGUAUAAGAACUUCCAGGCCGGGGUCCAGCGCUCCGUCACUCAGGCGGCCUCCCUCCACCUCCUCCACCACACGCCUGGCGCUCCACCGGCCACCCCCUGUGCGGUCCGCAGUGGUACGACCCCAGCUCCAGCUGGCAGUACUGCAGUACUCUCUGGAGGGAGCACUGUCUGUGGCAUCCCCGGGGACCACCUCCCUGAACCUCCACCAGACUUCAUCCCACCCGCCCCCCGCAGUGACACCGUCCUGACCGGAGCGCCCUCAUUCCCUCCUCCUCCCCCUCCACCAGACACCAGACACAGUCAUUUAUAGAGGAUCUAUAUGUAUAGAGGAUCUGUAUAUUACUGCCCACCAUUCAAAAAGCCUUCAUGAUACAUGGGAUGAUGAAGAAGUGGAUGUAUUGUUUACCCAAAUUUAUCUGAGCCCAUCCAAAGUCCAAUGGCCACACCUCAACACAAUCCCCUCA